AUGACUUCUUUGAACUUCCUGCCAGUUGUUACCAAUGCGUAUUGGCUCUUGGAACUCGAUGCGGGUUCGCUAGCGAUCGCUAGUUUGGAGAUAGCGUCCAUGGUAUCGUUGAUCGCGUUCCACCUUUGGUCUUUGUUUUUCGAAUACGAGAACGAAGAUGGGAGUGAAUGGAACUACGUCGAGGAAUGGAUGCAUUACAUAUGGAUGGCUCUUCACUUACACUUCAUCGUUUCGGAUAUCUUUAUUAUCGUGACGUACACCGAUAAAACGCAGAAAAACCUCCUCUUCGCAGCAAUCUGUCGGAGCGAUGUCAGGCCUGGACUUCAUGUUUACCGUCGACAACUGCUUCGGAUCCCUGGACCUCAACGUCGGGUCGCUCGUCAUUGCCAUGAUCGAACUCCUGGUCCCCUUUCUGCUGAUCGCCUACUACAACGUCAACUGCACCUGCGAGCCUUCCGACGACGAAGACGACUCCAUCUUUACCAUGAGAUGGGUCUGCUACAUCACCUUGGUACUGCAUCUCCUCUUCAUCAUAUCGGCCGUACUCAUAAUAAUAACCUACUCGGACGACAAGUUGAAGAACCUCCUCUACGUAGCGAUAUGGAUACAGAUGUCAUUGCUGAUAAUAUAUCUAUGUGUUGUCUUAUUGGUGUACUGCAUGUUACUCAUGAAGGGAGGAUGUUUGAUAGCACUGAUGUUACUCGCGGUACGGUUAGCACUUUUAGCAGUACUGACGUACUUUGUGAUUGUGCUAAACAGUUGGUAUAAAAGUUUAUAAUCAUUUAUGUAUCCCAUGCGAGCAAAUAAAUUAUACAAUGCGAGUUGUCAUAACUUAUAGAAGAUAACAUUUAACCAUCUGAAGGUAAUCGAGAUGUACUAAAAUGUGGAUGAGCAUUUUCAUGGACCAAUCGAACAACAAAGUGCAAAUAUACAUAAAGAAUAUCCGAGUGGCAAGUGUCAUAUUUUAUUAAAUAAAUUAUUUUAAAAAAUG